AUGGCCAUCUUCGAUACCGACAAGCGCCCGCGAGGCUUGCGCGUCCCUUCUCUGACCGCAAUGAAGAACGGGGCCGCCGCAAGCAAAUCACAGCUCUCAUUCCAUAGCAAGAAAUCGAAUGAAGGCAAAACUCCCGAGAGCGAAGUUGUCCCGGCGCUUCCGUCGGCCGUUCCUGCCCCGCCACCACAGCGAGCACCUCCACCGACCAAGGAGCUCCCACCUCCUCCGAAAGAUCAAGUUCCUCCUCCGCCGCGGGUAUUGACGAAAGUACCAGCACGUCGGGAGGUGGGAAAGAAUGCGUCAUCAACUGCGAAAUCCCCAGCCUCGGCGCAAACCCCGGUGACUUCACCACAAGCGCAAGUUCAACCUGCCUCAUUCUCCGCAUUCCCAGCCCCAACAGCUUCAUAUUUGGCCGCUUCACCCCCAAGAGCUUCACCCCCGGUAGCUUCGCCGCAAACACAAAAGCGAGUACCAUUGCCAUCACCGCCAUCGGAGCCAGCUUCUCCCAAACCCGUUAGACCAACAGAGCGACCUGCUUUUGUUGCGCCGCAGAUACAACAACCUUCGCCGGCACUCACACCACCUGCCGCGCUACCUUCUCCUCCAGAUCGAGACACCGAGUCCCUUACACCCCUCGAAGACUUUAUUCCCACUCCCGAAGAGUCCGCAAGCCCCAUCGAUCCGAUUUUAGGCUCAGGGCAACAAGCAUCUUUUCAGCCGCCUGAUAUGGAGCCCGUCGCUGCGCCCUUGAACAGGGUCCAUUACAAUUGCUUCCAGGAGCACCGAAACAUGCCCGUGGCCCAGAAUGUAUGGUGUCCUCUGCCUUGCCAAACAUGUCACAAAUUUGAUCGUGAAAUUCGACACCGAUGUGUAUUUUGCUGCUUGCGCAUUUGCGAGAGCUGCUACCAAAUGCUGCAAAAAUGUCAACAUCGAUCACUACCGGAACUCAUGGACAAACUUCCUUGA